CAAAAGAAUAAAUGUAUGAACACUUUUGCUUGCAUACCCACAUUUAUACAAGAUUCCUAAUAUUGUAUAGAGUAUAUUUACUAAAAAUUACAAAGAGCCUGACGAUUUUCCAGAAGAGCAUGUGAUCGAAGAUUUUGAACAGGGAAAGUGGAAGAACGAAUCAAUGAAGAAUUACUACAAUGAUAAAAUAACUAACAGAGGAGAACUUAAUUAUAGCAGUAAUAGCCUCUUCUCUCUUCCCAGAGCGAUAAUGAUGUCAGUAUAUGAUCAAGUAGUUAUCCUAAACAUUAGCAAGAACUUGUUGACUGAGAUUAGCGAAGGCAUGAUAAAAGCUAUGCCAAACUUAAAAGAACUAAUAGCAAACAAUAACAAGAUAACCUUCAUUACCUCUGAGAUAUACUUACUAAAAGAUACACUGAAAUAAACUGUUGCUUGGGUGCAAUAAUUUAGAAGAAAUCACACCUGAAAUUUCACAAUUGGAGAACCUUCAGUACCUGUGAAUUAAUAAUAAUAAGUUGAAGUAUCUUCCUCCAGAGAUCUGUGAACUAGAAAAGCUCAAGACGCUUGACGUAUCAGAUAAUAAUAUCAACUCUUUACCUUAUGAACUGGGAAAUCUGAGGAAUCUCAAGAGGCUAAAUCUAGAGAAUAACCCUUCGCUUAAUUCUAUACCUACAAGCUUGUGAAACCUUGAUAAAUUAGAGAGAAUUCUCCUCGAGUGGCUUAUCUAUGUCCCUAGAGAUGUUGAUUUAAGCAUCAACGAGCAUGGACAAAGUAAGAAUGUAAAGCCAAUAUACCCUAUAAGCUCAGAUGCUGAUAUCAAAUCCAAAAAGGCUCAGCUCUUAAGGCAAAUUCUUAAGAGCUUUGAUAGCCAGGGGAAAGAAAUUGUCAACUUUAUUGACUUUAUCGGAUGUAAUCAAGAUAAUAUUGAUUAUCAGGAUAGCCGUAAAAGAACCAAGAUCAAUAUUGCAGCUAAAGAAGGACAUUAUUUGGUGGUUAAAGAAUUACUAAAGGAAGGAGCAGAUCCUAAUGUGUAUGAUAAGGAUAAAUUUGCAGCUCUUGGACUAGCCAUCCGUGAAAGUAAUGAUGAAAUAGCUUCAUUAUUACUCUCAUCAAAGUUUCAAUCAGAUCAAGGAGAUAUCCCAAGAGUAGACCUCGAUAUAGGCGCAGGAAAUUUAGGUAGUCCUCUUCAUAUUUCUGUGGUUAAACAUAAGACAUAUAUUGUGAAGAAAAUGAUAAAAAUGGGAGCAGAUCCUAAUAUUCAAGAUAAGGAAGGGAACACUCCUCUUCAUCAGCUUUUAAGCAUUUUCUCCAAAAACGAGGAAGAAAGUUCAGCUCUACUAAAAAUUUUGAUAGAAAAUGGAGCAAAUCUGCAAAGUGUAAAUACUCUAGGUUUGACUCCAUUGCUUCUCGCCAUAAAGAAGAAGCAAAAAGGAGCAAUUUUAAGUGUUAUGAAAGAGCCUCCGCAUAUUCUUCAAAAUUUUAAUCCAGACUUUAAGGAGGAGAGUUCUGGUUACAACUCAGUUUAUCUUCUCUUGAAGCAUAAAUUCACUGAACUAGCUGAGAAAAUGUUUCUAAAAGGAGGUAAUUCUUUAAUCCACCUUCCUGGUGGUUGGAAAUAAAUGCUGUGUGGAAGCAGAAAGCUAUAAAACUAAGUACAUAAUUAGAAAGAUGAGGAAAUUCCAGCUCCGUUCUAAAUUCAAAGUCCCCUUGAAUACAGCUCUGACAGCUCCUUACGAAGACCUUGUCCGGAACAGGAUUCCAUUCUACGAGGACACUUCUGACAUUGGUAUGUCUAGCCCUACUGAAUACCACUGUGUAAGCCACCUUAUAAAGAAGCAGCAGAUUACCAAAAUGGCUCUGAUACACAAAUCUCAUGAAACGAGGCACACCAGGAUCAAAUUCGUGAAGCACAAAGUACCUGCUUCGCCUGAGUAA